CAGAAAAGAAAGUACAAGAGAAAGUGACAGAAGGUGCGUGAAACCUCGCACGCAGGCAUAUGUUAUGUGAUGUACCAAAACACCCAAAUCCCCCGUAACCUAACGGUCCUCGCGUUGAAACCACUCCCUUCGAUUCCCAUUUUCCUUUUUUCUACCCCUUCUCUGAUCUCGUGCUUCCAGUGCUCGAUUUCGCACAAUCCUCGGGAAAAUCGGUGUUGGGGAGCGAGAGAUGAUUUGGGCUCGCGUUAAAUGAUUGUUUGACUCGUCGAAAAUUUGUAUUUUUUCAUUUUGGUGAAUCAAGUUUUGAUGAGCCUUUUUCUUGGUGUGUGAAUGAGAUUGGUGGCGCUGCGAAAUGAGCACGCUGAGGCAGCAGGUGUCGGUUCGGGACCUCGUCGAGGAAGCCAAGAAGCGGAUUGUAGUUCUGGCCAUAUGCGUCGUCGGAUUGUCCUACCUCAUGUCCUUGACAAGCUCCUCAGUUUGGAUCAACUUGCCUGUUGCUGCCUCCUUGAUUAUCGGCCUUCGUUAUUUAUCUUUAGAUUUUGAUAUGCGGAGAAAAGCUGCAACAUACAACAGCAACCUGUCCUCUGCAAAUACUCUUUCUCAAAAGAAACCUCUUGAACAUCCUAAAAAUGUUGAAAAGUCUGACUGGAGAAGGAAAGUGAAUUCUCCUGUUGUUGAGGAUGCUAUAGAUCACUUUACUAGACAUCUGGUUUCUGAGUGGAUGACAGAUCUCUGGUACUAUCGCUUAACACCUGAUAAAGAAGGUCCAGAGGAACUGUUGAACAUUAUGAAUAGUGUACUUGGGGAAAUUUCAGAUCGCAUGAGGAAUAUAAAUUUAAUUGAUCUUCUGACAAGGGAUCUUAUUAAUCUUGUUUGCAUUCACUUGGAGCUUUUUCGUGCAAAUCAAGCAAAGAUUGAGAAGAAACAUUCGGGAUUGCUAACAAUUGAACACCGAGAUAUGGAACUAAGACGCAUCCUGGCUAAUGAGAACAAAUUGCACCCUGCUCUAUUUUCGGCUGAAGCUGAGCACAAGGUUUUGCAGCACCUGAUGGAUGGUCUUGUUUCUUUAACAUUUAAGCCUGCAGAUCUGCAGUGCUUUUUCUUCCGUUGUAUGGCCAGGGAGCUUCUUGCUAGUACAGUAAUGCGACCUGUCCUAAACAUGGCUAGUCCUAGGUUUAUCAAUGAAAAAAUUGAAUUCUUAGUCCUUAAAAUGACCAAAGCUAAUAAAGGUUUCCCAGUACAAGGAACAUCUCAGUCCAAACCAGAUGAGUCUUCUAGGAUUUCAUCUGAUCAUUUUUCUAAAUUCUUAGAUCCUUCUGUCACUGGAGUUGAACUCGUGCAGUUAAAAAAUGCUCAAUCAAGAACUGCUGCCGAUACAUCUGCAACAGAUCAUGUGAAUGGAAAUAAAGAUCCCCUGCUUUCCAUUGAUCCUCGGUCGACCCGAUCAUGGAACUCAUUGCCCUUCAACUCCCAAACUAGUGAUGAAAGUGGUCUUGAACGACAACGCUCAGGAGGAGAAUGGGGUGACAUGUUAGAUCUGAUUUCUCGUAGAAAGACUCAAGCCCUUGCUCCAGAACAUUUUGAAAACAUGUGGACAAAAGGGAGAGACUAUAAAAAGAAGGAAGGUGAAAAUCGGGUCAUUGAACAAGUACCACAGGGUUCUUCGGCAGCAAAGUCCCAUAAAGUGGAUAAUUUAAAGGCAACAUCCAAGCCUAAAGAAAAGAACACUAUAACCAAGUUUAAUCACUCUGAGAGUGGCACUGUUCACUCUGGAUGUACUGCUCGUCUAUCUAUAGAAAACUCAUUCCACCCUACAGGUCGGAGUGUAUCAAAUCGCUCUUCAUUUGUUUCAUAUGAAGAAGAUGAUGAGCACAACCCUAUGCGUUUGGAGGAGAUUGACUCAGGGAGCAGUACUUCUUAUACUUCUGAAGAUGAAGAAACUAGCAAUGUAACAGGCCUUGAUUCUCCUGUAACUAAAGUAUGGGAUGGUAAAAGCAACAGAAACUUGUCUAUUUCUCACAUUCAUCACCCACUUGAAAAUUCAGAAGGCCGUAUUGCAAAGAAGACUGGUAAAGGGCAUCUUCACUUUCAAAGAUUAGCUAGAACCCCAUCCAGCCAUAAAAGGUCUAGAACAAGGAGUCAGAAGACGCACAUUUGGCAAGAGGUUGAGAGAACAAGCUUCUUGUCUGGUGAUGGACAGGACAUACUUAGUUCUGCAAAAGGACAUGCAAAUGUCGAGGACUCUAGUGAUGAUUCCGAGAUUGAAAACUUCGGUAGAGUUCAGAGUGGAGCAGCUGCUUCUUCAUCUGCACCCUCUUUUUCUAUACCGGAAAGUCAAAAUUUGACUGUUAAUUCCUUGCAAAAUUCAUUGGCGGUGGAUUCCUUUUUUAAGUUGAGAUGUGAGGUAUUGGGUGCAAAUAUUGUGAAGAGUGGUUCAAAAACAUUUGCCGUUUAUUCAAUAUCUGUUACAGACGUAAAUAAUAACAGUUGGUCAAUCAAAAGAAGGUUUCGUCACUUUGAGGAGCUUCAUCGGCGUCUAAAAGAGUUUCCAGAGUAUAAUCUUCAUUUGCCACCAAAGCAUUUUCUAUCAACAGGUUUAGAUGUACCUGUCAUUCGAGAACGGUGUAAAUUGCUUGACAAAUAUUUAAAGAAGGUUAUGCAGCUUCCAACAAUUUCAGGGUCAAUUGAAGUUUGGGACUUUCUCAGUGUGGACUCUCAGACUUAUCUAUUCUCAAAUUCCUUUUCUAUCAUCGAAACUUUAUCAGUUGACCUAGAGGAUAAGCCAUCUGAAAAGAGUAAUAGGCUUCCAAAUUUUCUUGGGCCUACAACCGACCACUUAUCUCCAAGGAGAGAACAUUUAAGCGCUGGAAGUAAGGAGUCUGCUUUGCCGAUGAAGACUAAUUUUGUGGCAGAUGGAUUAAGUUCAAAUGGUAAAGAUACUAGGCCACAAAACUAUGCAUCUUCCCCCCAGAACUUGGGGACCACUGCAAAAGAAAGAGACUUUAAACAAAGAGACGGUUGUGGUUUGGAAGAGGCAUCCGAGUUGCAUCUUGAUGCUGCUACUGACCCAACACUUCCUACAGAGUGGGUGCCACCAAAUUUAAGUGUCCACAUAUUAGAUUUGGUAGAUGUCAUCUUCCAGCUUCAAGAUGGUGGAUGGAUCAGGCGGAAGGCUUUUUGGGUGGCCAAACAGAUAUUACAACUAGGAAUGGGUGAUGCCUUUGAUGACUGGUUAAUAGAGAAAAUCCAGCUUCUGCGUAAGGGAUCAGUGAUUGCUUCAGGAGUCAGGCGCGUUGAGCAGAUACUCUGGCCCGACGGUAUAUUCAUAACCAAGCACCCCAAGCGACGACCACCACCAUCUACUAACCCAUCCCAGAAUUCACCUCAUGGCCGACAACCUAUGGAGAUAUCUUCACCUAGACUCACUGAUGAGCAACAACAGGAGGCAGUUCGACGUGCAAAGUUUGUAUAUGAGCUAAUGAUAGAUAAUGCACCAGCUGCUAUCGUAGGUCUUGUAGGUCGCAGGGAGUAUGAACAAUGUGCAAAGGAUCUCUAUUUCUUUAUUCAGUCAUCAGUUUGUGUGAAGCAACUCGCUUUUGACCUUCUUGAGCUGCUGCUUUUGUCGGCAUUUCCAGAACUAGAUUAUGCUUUUAAGGAGUUGCAAGAAGAAAAGCAUAAAUUUGGCGAAUUCAAGGAAAAUUAAUGUAAAUUUAGAGCUUGCUUGAUAUUGUUGGCUCUUCGACUUUCCUUUUUUCUUUUUUUGUUUUCAGAUUUGACCACAUGUUUUUUCUUGGCUCGUGAUUUUGAUUUCAUUCAUAGGUGUGAAUUCUGUAAUUAGCCUUUUGAUUUGGCAUCUUUGAGGAAAUUGUAUGUAAAUCAUGAGAUUAGUGCAAAUAUCCCAUUUAUAAAGCUCUCAUUUUAUUC